GCGGCCCGGUGUUGACACUUCCGGGUGGGACCAAAGUGAGGCGGCUGGGCAGGGGCUGGUAGCUCCGACGGCAACCAUGGCGUAUAACUGCCUCACGGUGCCUCUCAUCGUAAUGAGCGUGUUCUGGGGCUUCGUCGGCUUCUGCGUGCCCUGGUUCAUUCCUAAGGGUCCCAACUGGGGAGUUAUCAUCACCAUGCUGGUAACCUGUUCAGUUUGCUGCUAUCUCUUUUGGCUGAUUGCAAUUCUGGCCCAACUCAACCCUCUCUUUGGACCACAGUUGAAAAAUGAAAUAAGCUCUCUGGACACAUCUCAAGCAGAAAUGGAGCUAAUUGGUGAGUCAGUUGCUGUGGAUUCUAACACACUUUUCAAGGAUCCCUAUCCAGGCAAUCUAGAUAAAGGAAAAUGUGAAAAAUAUAACUCUCUUAAGAGUCAGUUAUUAACUGGAAUCUGGAGCAAUCGGUGUAAGAGAUGCCUGGGACAGGAAAUCAGUCUUCCUUUGGGAGAAAUACGGUCUCGUUUAGGUCUAAGGUUUCUGUGCCAGAUUCUCAGGGGCUUUCCCUUUUGGGAGCGGAGAUCUGGUCAGAGCCCGGGCGAAGAAGCCGGCCUCCGGUGGACCGGGAAAGAGGGUCGGGGCAAUGAGGCGCCUCGGGAGCGCCCUCUGGCGAAGACGGAGAGCGCGUGUCCCCGCCCUGGCCCCCCUUCGCCGCCGCCGCCGCCGCCGCCGCCGCGGCGCCCCCGCCCGGCUCUCCGGGUUCACUUCGGUCUCUCACUCCGUGAGACACAGACGGCAGCUUUCCGAGCGAGCUGGGGACAGGCUGAGGCGGCGCCAGCAGAACUGCGCCGCUCGCCGGGGGAAGACCUGGGCGCCGGGAGAGAAGGCAAAGCCCGGAGCCCCAGCCCCUCUCUCCGUGGGGGUCUACUGAGCCGACUGGCAGCUCGGCGGCCGUGCGCGACCCCCUUCCCGGCCACUUCGCGGGGUGUGCCAGGACUUGGGGACGCGGCUCGGGAAGAGUCAGGGCGGGAGACGGCGGCGGCGGAGAGAGGGGGCGCGCACCGGGACGGGAGAGGAGUGAGUGGCGGGCUGGGCGGCGGCGGCGGCGGCCGUAGCCGCGGCACCGCUUCCCCGGGCCGCGGCCGCCCGGCCGGGUCCUCUGCGCGUUCCCGGGCCCCGAGCCGGCGCACGAUGCGCCCGGCUGCGUUCUGA